UCAAUUUUAUCUCAAAAAAUUCAAAUAAAAAAAUAAUAAGAAAUCUAUUUUUAUUUCGGAUACCGAUUGGCCUUUUUUAUUAUAUAAUUAAUUAUAGUACUUAAUUAUGUCUGAGAUGUUCAUUACGCAUCGUUGAACAUUAAACAGAAAAAUGUAAAAUUAUACUUAUUCAAGUUAUUAUUGUAACAUAUAUAGAACAAUUUUUUUUUUAUGAAAUGAAACGACCGUGACAUCCAUCAUUAAAGAGAAUUAUGCAAUUGUAGAUUACGCAUUCGGUCACUAUAAUUUUUGUUAUCAUCUAAUACCGGUCCUCGUAAUUGUCAUACAUUAGUAUACAGCCAUUCGGAAAUUAUACCUCACUCUGUUGACAACUUAUAACUUGUAAUUAUUAUUUACUUGCUUAUUAAUAUAAUAUGACUAUUAAUAAAAACAAUAAUCACAAUUAUUUAUCUGGCAAAAGUAAAAUAAUUCAUCGAAAUAAUUUUUUUAAUUACCAACGACUAAUUUACAUCGUUAUUGUUUCGUUAUUUAUUUUAAUCGGAGUCUAUAAUUACCGAUAUGUAGAACAACAUUGCAAGUACGAGUAUGUGGACGUGAUUGAAAAAAAGUUUAUCAAAUUAAAUGAAAGUGAUGAAUUAAUUGGACCGGUAUAUUUAUACGAUCGUUUUAAAGAUAGACAUGAAUGGCUGAUACAAAAAUGUUCAGAAUAUAAAUUAAAUGUAAAGAAUAAUGGUACGAAUAAUGAACCGAAUGCAUGGGAAUAUUUAAUUAAUGAUAAAUAUAAACUUGUUUGGUGUAAUGUUUUUAAAGCAGCUUCUUCAUCGUGGUUUUAUAAUUUUAAUUUACUUGCUGGAUACGAUCGCAACUAUUUGGAUAACACUAACGAAACCCCAGUAUCUGUCGCACGUAAAAAAUAUCCCAGACCUUCAGUUAAAGAACUUUUGGAUGCUUUAAAAGAUCACUUGAGUUUUAUUAUUGUACGUCAUCCUUUCGAACGUCUUGUCAGUGCUUACAGAGACAAAUUUGCAUCUGAUUCGUACAAUUCAUUCUUCAGACCAUUGGGAAAAAAAAUUAUACAAGCCACACGACCAAAUUACAAAAUAAACAAAUCCUAUCCGCCGACAUUUGAAGAGUUUGUUAGAUAUAUAUUGUGUCAAUGGGAGUUUGGAGGAGAAAUAAACGAACACUGGACUUCAAUUCACAAACUAUGUACACCCUGCCUAGUUGAUUUUGAUCUUAUACUAAAAGUUGAAACUUUGAAAGAAGAUCAAGAUUAUUUAAUAAAUCUAGCAAACAUACAAAAUAUUAUAGGAGCAACUUGGAAAAAUUCAUCGAAAAAUCAAACAACUGAGACCGUAACAAGAAAAUAUUUUUCUCAACUAACUAAAGUUCACUUUAGUCGACUCAUUGAAAUGUUUAAACUUGAUUUCGAACUAUUUGGAUAUUCAGAAAAAAAAUAUAAAACUUAUGCUAAAAAAACUAAUAAGAAUGUUCCUUAUAAAUGUGAGAGAGUUCGUCUGUAUAUUAAUAAAUAAAAAAAAAAU